CUCUUUGGCAGUAUUGCAGCGAUACAAUGUUGGCAUUUUGAAAUCUUCGUUGGAUGUUUAUUAUCAAAAUCGAUAGUGAGGUCAUCAAAUUGUGUUUGGGUGCAUAAAAAUCCUGUUGCAAUGUGAAAGUUUGCCUUACUAUACAUAACAAGCCAUACCGAGUUAACAAAAUUGCCCAAUAGAAGUUUCAUUUAUCGAAACUAGUAAUUUCUCAUGGAGAAGAGCGAGGCAGAACAUGUCCCCGCAGAAUCAGCCUUAGAUAUUCCUCCUGCCGAAGUGCCGAAAGACGAUGCUCCAGAGUCUGAAAACGAUGCUACAGUUGCGGAUAAGAAACUGGCUAGUCUUAGACUCUUAUUGGAAAAAGAUUUAUUAGCAGCGGACGUGAAAUGGAGUUUAUUUGUGGCUGCUUGUCAACAUUACAGGCAUGACACUUGUCUCAAACCUUUCCCUCCGAAGUUCCUUAAAGAAGACAGUAAAGACAUUGAUUCAUUGAGAGAUGUUGUUGAUCGUACGCCAUCACUGAAAUUGCUGUCUCAGAUCCUAAAAGAUCCUGACGUUCACCAGUUAGAUCCAAAUAUUGUUGAUCUUCUCCACUGGGUUCUAAAAGGGACACAACAACUUAAACGUAUACCAAAAAAACAGUUUUCUUCAGUAUUAUCACUGGUGAAGUGUGAUAUACCAUAUGAACCACCUGCUCAUAUUUUCUCUGUCACCUUGAGUGAAGCAGCAAGAGAAGCUUGGUCUGACCUGUCAGCAGGAAGGAAAACAUUGUUUGCCUUUCAUGGCAGCCGACUUGAGAAUUUCUACUCCAUUGUUCAGUAUGGCUUGCAACAGUUAUUAAAUAAGAACUCUCUGUUUGGUUCUGGAAUUUAUCUGUCUACUGAAAUGUCAAUGAGCCUUCCAUACAGUCCAACUGGCUAUGGGUGGGGAAAGAGUAUACUAGGGCCAUCUCUGAGUAUUGUAGCUCUUUGUGAAGCUAUUGACCAUCCUGAUGUACAUUAUCCACGGCCAGUCAAUAAAUCAGCAGCAGCAGCACCUUCUCGCAAAAAACAAAAGGCACCACCCGAUAGCAUUGGUGGGGAAGUGCCUGAAAAAUAUAUAUUGGUGACAAACAGUGACCUCGUCAGAGUGCGUUACUUACUGGUGUACAAUAAACCACAAGCGUCACCAGAAAGGGUUGGCUGGACUGGUAUAACAUCGUGGGUACAGAAUCAUAAGUUACUCACAUUUAUUAUGGGCUACUGCAUCCUCCUCGUAUCUGUUGGUCUCUCCAACAAUCAGGUACUUCAGAGGCACCUGAGACUACUAUUUCGUCGACCCAACUGGAAUUGGAGUUGAAUAUUUGUGAUAUACAUAAAAAGUUGUAUUUUAUUAUGAUUAAAGGUGUAAUAUAAUAAGUGAAGUGCAAUUUGUGUGUAUACUUCAAGUGAGGCUUUGUGGAUGUUACAUGUUGUGACACUGAAAUAUCUAGAGUGUCGGAGUGCAGGCAUUCUUGAAAUUCUGUUUUUUAUAAAUUCAUGUAUAUAUUGUGAAGUGAUGAGUACAAACUUUUCAUACUGGAAA